AUGGUUUCUGAUGUUCUAGCCUGGGCCAUAUACAUGGGUAUUGGUGGGUGUGAUGCUGUUUUCUUGACAACUUUUUACAACGCGCACAAUGGGUCCGCCGUCGCCGACGUCGCCGACGAGGGCGCAUCAGAGCCCGCCAUCACGACUUUGAUGUCCCCGAGAGGCAGUUGGGGGUGCCUCAAUGCCGGCGAUCACCGGCAAAGCUCUGCCGUGAUGCCGCCGCAGCUGUCCAGUCCCUGUUGCAAUAC